UUUUACUGUUGUUACAUUACAAACUUUAAAACCCUCAUAUUUUGGUCGCUUCACCAUUUAGUGCAAACCAGAACCGAACCCGAAGAAAAUUACAUAUCAAUGGCGGACGUAACCUUCCUUCACCUCCACGACCCAGACGACGAGCCUCACCAAACCUUAACCCUAGACCCCCUCCCCUACUGGGCCCACCACGACUUCGACCUCUACUCCUCCGAUCCCGAAUUCCCGCCCUCCGAUCGCUCCCUCCGCGCCCACAUCCUCACCGUCCACGAAGACGAAGACGAAGACGAAGACUGCGACGACCUCUUCUCCCAAUACCAAUCUACCAUCCACGUCAUUCGGAACAACGACGUCUCGGAGCCCAGUUCUAUUUCCAACCCCGGUUUGCUGGAGGACCGCGAGAACCAGGUCAAUUUCGUCAUGGAUCUCUUCCAGCAACGCGUCGAGCAGUCUCAGGUAACCGUUCGUUCCGUUUCGGUUUCUGAAGCUCUUAACGAUGAUUUCAGUUUUGGGGUUAUUGAGGGGAAUUGCGAUUGCGAUGUGGGUAUGGGUGGUUUGGACCUCGAUUUAAGUUUAGGGUUAGGGUCAGGCUUAGAUUCUAGGCAUUGUUUGGAUGGUGAUGGUAUUGAUGAUCCUGACGAGGACGAUUUCUUCGUGGGAAGGAGGGUUUCUGUGUCUGAAUCUGGUGAGGCAACGUCUAAUUUAAGUAGGGCUGAAGCUUUUGAGAAUUGCGUGCGGCUCGUUGGGUUUGGGUCCGAUUCAGAUGAGGAGGAUGAGAAUGGGGUUAUUGGGAUUGAUUUGAAUUCUGUGGAUGAGCAUAGUGCGUAUCAUCUUCCGGAUGACUGUGACGAUGAUACAAGCAUCCCACUUUGUUGGGAUUCGCUUCUUUUGGAAGACCACAGGGAAAAUAACGAAGAUUUCGAGUGGGAAGAAGUUGACGGUGGCGGUGAGGAGCGAGAGGUCUUCAGCAUGUUUAUUGAUCCUGAUCAUACCGAAUCAGGAUCGGUCUCAGUUUCAGUUUCGACAAUAAUUGCUCCUGAAGAGGAAGUGAGUGUGGAGAGAAUUGAACCUUUGGAGAGUUUAGAAUGGGAAGUUCUGUUGAAUGCCAGUAAUUGGGAGACAAACCCAGAUGCUGAACCGUUUAAUGGGGGAGAUCAUGAUGAUUAUAUAUACACUGCAGAGUAUGAUUUGUUGUUUGGGCAAUUCUCUGAGAAUGAGAAUGCAUCAACGGGGAGACCUCCGGCUGCCAACGCUGUUGUUGAAAAUCUUCCCUCAGUGGUUUUGACUCAGGAGGAUGUGGACAACAGUAAUGCACUUUGCGCUGUUUGUAAGGAUGACAUGAAUAUUGGGGAACAAGCAAAGCAGCUGCCUUGUGCACAUAGGUACCAUGGUGAUUGCAUUGUGCCAUGGCUGCGCAUCAGAAAUACAUGUCCUGUCUGUCGACAUGAAUUACCUACCGAUGAUGCUGCGUAUGAGGGCAGAAGGACCCAAGCUCAUUCUGUUGAGGGCAUGAGGACCCAAGCGCAUCCUCUUGGCUUUGAUUAUGAUGAGGUAUUUUUUUGAAAGUCAGCAUUAGGUUCUUGAAAAUGUAGAUAUCGCUGUGGCGAAGUGUUUACCUCUUGUAUUUGGUUAAAAGAUGGAGGAUAAGAUGAUUCAGGAUGCUUUGUUUGUUUUGAUGAGAGUAUAAGAAUGUUUUAUGGCUGGAUUAUCAUGUUAAUUAUUUCUGAUCAUUGUUAACAUUUUUUAUGGGAAUUUUGUUGUUGGAGGAUAAUUCUUCCCUUAUGAUGGUCAGGUCAAGCAUAUAAUGUAAUAAUAUGUUUCAUUUUU